AUGGAUGACUUGAAGAUUUAUGCAGCUAGCAAAUCUUACCUCAGGUUGGCUGUAGGUGUGGUGCAGCGAUAUUCAAAUGAUAUUGGCAUGUUUUUUGGGUUGGUCAAGUGUGCAGUAACUCAUCUCCUGAAAGGAAGGUUACAGGGCCUGGUGCAGGAAAUGGAGCUUAUUGAUGGAAGCAUAAUAAGAGCCCUGAGAGCUGGAGAGUCAUACCAGUAUCUGGGAUUUGAUCAGAAUCAAGCUCAGGAUACUGUAAAAAUAGAGAUGGCUCUCUGCAGUGAGUAUAAGAGGAGACUCAGGAGGCUCUGGUCAUCUGAGUUAUCUGGUAAGAAUAAAGUUGAAGCCACCAACAUGCUUGCUGUGCCGGUUCUCACCUACUCUUUUGGAGUGGUUAAGUGGAAUUGGAAUGAGCUCCAGGACCUGGACAGGGAAACCCGAAAAAGGAUGCACAUGGAGAGAAGUUUACAUCCCCGCUCUUCUGUUGCCCGAAUAUACCUGCCAAGGCAUGAAGGGGGCAGAGGUCUACUUGGUUUGGAGAAUCUGCACAACAGGGUGGCCUUACAGUUUGUCUGCAGCAUACAAAGAUGCUCUGAUCCCCUUAUGCAGCUGGUUCAUGAUCAUGAAGUUGCAGGGGUUGGGGCCUUCCUAUAUAAGGCAGCACAGCAUGCGGCAGAUACCCUUGGUCUCGAUUUUCGCACUGAUCGGGAGGAGGAGCAUGAGCCUAAUCAGCUCAGGGCUAGAAUAAAGACUGCUGAGUCCAGACUCCUGUUGCAGCAACAUAAGGACAAGUCCUUGCAUGGUGUUUUCUACAGGCAUGUUGAGGAGCAAGGCUUGUCCAAGCCACUGACUUUUGCUUUUCUGAAGUCAGCAGCCCUGAAAUCUGAGACUGAGGGUUUCAUACUGGCAUGUCAAGAUGGUGUCAUCAACACAUUGUCAUACCGCAGCAGAGUAAUGCACAUGGAUGUUCCUGAUAUCAGUUACAGGGUGUGUCAUAGAGCACCAGAGACGAUCAUGCACAUCCUGUCUUCUUGUUCUGUGCAUGCAACUGCAGGCUGCAUCCAUAAUGCUGCUCUGAGAGUGCUCUAUUACCAUCUUAGACACUUAUAUGCACCAGCUGAGGGUAACAUUGUCACCAAAGAGGAGGAAAAACAGACGAAAUAUCAUGACCUACUAAUGGAGCUGCGCAGGCUAAACCCAGGCUACUCUGUGAGAAUGGUGGUGUUGAUUGUAGGUGUACUAGGAGGCAUGAGACCUUCAUUUUUGGCCAACCUUAGAACGAUUCCAGCCUGUGAGAGACCUGCUGCUGUGCUUACAGGUCAGAUGCAGAAGGCUGUCAUUCUUGGUUCAUUACGUCUACUCAGAGCAAACGAUUUAAUGGUAACGGACCCAGUAUGA